AUGGGAGGACCCUAUAUGCCUCGAACGGCCUCCAUGGGAGGUCGACCAACAAUUCCCCUCGAUGUCCCAAUAUGCGCCGUCUUCCUCGCUCUUUUCAUCAUCGGCGCCGCCUGCCAUAUGACCCUGUUCCGUCGCAACCUCGCAAGGGACCACAAAUUCAUUCCAUCGGGCGCAACAUUCGGUUUCUGCAUGUCGCGUAUUAUCGCAAACAUCCUUCGCAUCGCCUGGGCCUGUCACCCGACGAACAUUAGACUUGCGAUUGCAGCACAGAUCUUCGUUGCUGCCGGCGUGUUGCUGCUUUUCAUCUUGAACUUGCUAUACGCACAGCGUAUGUUCCGAGCCGUCUACCCAGUCCUCGGAUGGUCCCGACCAGUAUCUUGGGCGUUCAAAGCACUGUAUGCUCUCGUCGUAGUAACGAUCAUCAUGGUCAUCACUUGUGUUAUUCAGAGUUCGUAUACUCUCAACUCGAACACCCUUCGUAUCGAUCGUGAUAUCCAGCUCUAUGGCCAGACAUACUUCGCCAUCAUCUCGUUCCUACCGCUUCCGCUUGUCGCACUUGUCCUUCUGUCUCCGAAUAGAAAGUAUAUUGAACAGGUUGGCUAUGGUAGCUGGAUCGCCAAAGUCUUCAUCGUCGGACUUGUCGGCUCAUUGCUCUGCCUUGGAGCAUCAUUUCGUGCCGGGACCUCUUGGAUGCCACCUCGUCCUGUCACGGACCCAGCCUGGUAUCACAGUAGGGCCUGCUUCUAUAUCUUUAACUUCACUAUUGAUAUUCUAGUCGUGGCCAUUUUCUUCGUCGUUCGUGUUGACCGGCGAUUCUGGGUUCCAAAUGGGAGCUCGGAAGUGCGUCACUACAGACGUGGUGAGAAUAACGCGCAAGUCGCACAAGAGGGGACUGCUCUUACGGUUCACGACAAACAGGAUAUCGAGACGCAGAGUAGGUAG